AUAUAACUGAUGUAUAGCUGUAUGAUUUUAUUACAGUAUCUUUCCAACAAGUCUUGCUGUUUUAAUGAAAUGGCAAGUGUGAAAAUGAAUUUGCAUGUUGGGAGAGGAAGUGAAUUUAAAAUUGCUUAGCAACUAACAAAUAGAAUUUGUGUAUUUUAAAUAAUUAUAUUCCUGUGAGCAGACAAAAUACUGAACGCUAACUUAAAAUUUAAAAUCCAUCCUCAUUAAUUUUAUCAAUUUAUCACGAUGAUGUCCAUGGAAUAUUUCAGGAAGAAUGGGAAGGAAAAUUUUAAGAUUUUGAAAUCUGUCUGGGAGGUUAUAAAAGAUUAUUUAGUGAUACUUUUGGCAAUGAUAGCUGUUCUAGUUGCUGGAAUGGAGGUAACAUCCGGCAGUUUUGAAUGUGUUCCAGUUGUCAAUUGUCGCAACAUAGCAAAUAACAUUUCGAAUGCCUCGUGGCCACAAGCAAAUUUAAAAUUUUCUAGUAUUUGCAGAAAAUACUACCGGUCUCAGACUACAAGCUUUGCGGAACGAACGGAAGUCGUUACAGAUCAAAAUAUCAACUGUUUAUACAAAAGUUUUGUCAAUUCAGAAUGCAGUAAAAGCGUAAUUCCAAACUACCUUGCUUAUUUGUGGAUCGUGUUGUUCGCUGAAGCAUUAUUGCUUUUCAUUCUCGACAAUUUCUGGUUGAAAAUUCCUUUAACUUCGUCGGUAAUUGAAACAUUUGUUGAUCUUGUGAUGACGUGUUACGAUUCACCGUGUCCUAAUUUUGAAGUCACUUUUGCAUUAUUUCAGUCAAAUUAUAAGAAAACCUCUGGAUAUGUGAGCAUCCCAAAUGAUGGUACUCCCAACUUAAACGAUGAAUUCUAUAAUUUAGAUUCCCUUCCUGACAGUACAACUACUAGUGCGUUGAAGGGUUUGUAUGAGAAAGUACAAACACUAGCACAAAACUUGGCCAUCGCGUCCCAAUGUCACAAUUUCACGUCUCUCAAUCAGAAAUGUGCUUUUAAAUUACCUCAACAAUCUUUUGAUCAGCUAUCCGAUAUAGAUCCAAUAUGUGGAGAUCUUGGAUUUCUUCUUCAUUUAUUGGAUUCUUACAACAAAAUGUACGUUAUAAGGUUUGCUCAUUUCCUUUCAAAAGAGAACAGAAAGAAGAUCGAUGCCCAUACAUUUAACAUUAAAUUUCCUAUUUCACUUCUACAAGCCACUGUAGAAAAAGAACAAAAAUUAUCGUUUAGCACUCUUCCAGGAAUUCCUCAGACGAUUUUUCAUCACUUAGUGUGCCAAAAUCUCGUCCACCUCACAUUUAGCGACUGCCGUUUUCAUCCCGAUGAUUUUGAGAACUUUAACAAGCUUACCUAUCUGAAAGAUUUGUCCAUGCUAGAUUGUCACCUGACGUCAAUUCCAAAAGGAAUUUUUGUUUUGGAAUGGCUUGAAAAUCUUCAUCUUAGUAGAAAUCUAAUAAAAAAAAUUGAUGUUGAAAUUUCAGCUUUGAAAAUGAUAAAGUUCCUCACGCUUGACAAUAACAAACUUCAAACAAUUGCACCAAACUCAUUGACACAAUUGGAAAAUCUCGAAUCACUUAAUAUUGAUUUUAAUCAUGAGUUGGAAAUGGACGCUCUCCGUGAGGUCCUUGCAUGUAGGAAUUUGAGCCACCUGGAAUGUCCAUUUCAUCUUAAAGAAAGAGUAGAUGAACUAAAUGAAACUGAAAAGGAAAAGCUAAACAAUCUCAAUCCAAAAAAGACUGGACAUAGAAGAGUAAGAGGUGGGUGAUCCCGAAAGUCCCCAAGAUUCAGUUAGAUCGUCGUUGGUGAUAUUCUUAAAACUAGCUUUUGUUUCUCAUAUGAUGUUUGGUUUAAAUACGAUGGUUUUUCUUUUAAAAUUUCUUCUUUAUAUGAUCAUUUAUUAAAAAAAUAUUAUUAUUCAUACAAUUUUUUUAAUGAAAGUUGACAUAAUUACCGAAAAUAUCUUCCCAGUAAUUAAAAUACAGGUUACCAUAAAAACAAUUGUAUAAAAAAAACCAAUAAAUAUACACCUACAAAGAAUGUUAACGCAGUUCUUAGUAUAUAUAUAAUAGUUGUAUGGGUUUUUAAGUAUAAUUUGGAAAAUACAUACACGAGUGAGUGAGUUCUUCAUAGAUAA